AUGAAGACUCAUGACUUCAUGAACGUCGACACUUUCUCUCCAAGGGAAAGACCCAUUCGUCUCUUUGGCUUCGAGUUUGGAACUUCUCAUGAAGAAUCUGAGUCUAAAGAAAAUUACUACGAGGACAAUAAAAGCAUCAACGAAAGCUGCAGUAUCAAUAACGAUAACAAAGACAGGAGAUUCAAGUGCCACUAUUGUUGCCGGAACUUCCCUACUUCACAAGCCCUAGGCGGCCAUCAAAACGCUCACAAGAGAGAGCGUCAACAAACCAAACGCUUCCACCUCCACUCAAACGCAGCCGCUUUCUUCCACCGCCACCAAGACCACGUUCCUUCUUUUAAGUUCUUUGAUAAUCACUUUAGCCUUGAAGCUGCUCGGAUCAACAGCGCGAAAUUAGGGUUAUGGCGUAGGUAUAACUCAUCAGCAAGAUUUAAUCGUGACCGCUCAUCUUACAGUAGAUAUAUGCCUUUGUUCAUCGGCGAUCACCAGACCAGACCGUGGUAUGUUGGUGGUGGUAGGAGCAAGGAUGAUCUGUUUUACGAGUCCAAGACGAAUGUGCCGGACCACGUGAGUUUGGACCUACGCCUCUAG